CACACACACACACAUACUCAGGAGGCUCCUGUUGGCACAGGGCAAUUUUCUGGAGAAGGGACAGCUAUGCACUGCUUGUAACCAACAUGCACAUGACUGGUGAAUGGGUGUGCCAAAGAUAACAAGGACCUGAACAGAACACCAACAGCACCUAUUACAAUUCCCAAUAUCUUCCUAUUCUAUUUUAAUUAGCCAGAGUUAGUUUCUGUUGCUUAUAAUCAACAUGCCUUAAGGCAUUCUGUAAAGGGCUUGGUAGCUAUUACUGUACUACCACUACUAUUGUUGUUGUUAUUAGCCACUGUCCCCAAAUCAACUGAGAAGAUACAUGGGCUUCUAACGAUAUGCCCUUCUCUUUCAUUCAAAAAUACCCUACAGGCAGAGACACGUGAAGGUCCAGGAGUUGGUGCGGAGUUCAUCUCGUCGCGCACGUGGCUCCGCUGGGAUGGAUUCCUCUUUGAGUUCCUCCUCUGUGGAUUUGGGCUCGGUGGACCCGCAGCUGCAGCAUUUCAUGGAGGCAGAGUCUCAGAAGCAGCGCUUCCAGCACCUGGUGCACCAGAUGACAGAACUUUGUUGGGAGAAGUGCAUGAACAAGCCUGGGCCGAAGUUGGACAGUCGGGCUGAGGCCUGUUUUGUGAACUGCGUUGAGCGCUUCAUUGACACAAGCCAAUUCAUCUUGAAUCGACUGGAACAGAAAUCCAAGUCAGUCUUCUCAGAAAGCCUUUCGGACUGAUUUCAGCAUUACCUUUUUGGAAAAGGGAGGUAGUUCAAGGAUGGUUGAAGAAAAGGCUAUGGGGAGAUUGUCUCCCACCCUUGGCACUCUUGGAGCAUCUGGUCAUCUGAGAAUGAACAAAGAUCAAUAUUUUUGUGUGUUUGGGGCUUGGGGGUCAUAUGUGUAUUUGGUUGUGUGUGUUUUUUAUGUUAAUCUUGUGAAAACAAUUGACACAUAAAUGGAAAACUUUCCUAGAUACA